AUGAGUACGGCUCAGUUUUCAGUGUGUGAGGAAAAAAGGCAACCAGAAAAGCAACACAUCGUCAUGCGUACGUGAAAUACCAAAUCAAAGAGAUAUAUUGACAGGAAGUAACACUGGUGGAAGCGACUGAGCAGAUUUAAGUCUGUGCACAAGCAGGGGAAACCAACGCAUGGUCCUCUCAUAUGGACAUUGUUGUGGCUUGAGAGGACGACAGUAUGUUCACAUGACGGGCCGUUUCGGGACAGAACGGUGACAGUUGAACGAAUCGCAGAGUCGGGUUGCGUUGAACGGCACAGACAUUCCCGAAGAUGCUGAAGAGAUUGGCCGAAUCGGCGUCAUGCAGCAGCUGUCUCCUCGCCUUCAUCCUCGCCUUCGUCUCGCCCAGGUGUACGUUGUCUAUCGGUGCCGACAAAAAUAUGGUCAAUAAGGAGGAUUAUUAUAGCGCCACGGUGAAUGCCACCGUUCUGGACCAUAAAGGCAAUCCUCAACAGAUGGUCACGAAGAAUGACGGGCGAUAUGGGCAGAAUUCUCCCAAAAUAGAGGCGAAGGGCAUCGUCAUUGCACCUGCUGCUGUAAAUGGAGCUGUGGAUAUGCAAGGAUGCUGUCAAAACACUCGGUUUGUAGUGCCUCCAAAGACCACACACUGGGUUGCCAUAAUGCAGAGAGGGAAAUGCACCUUCAAGGAGAAGAUCCUCAAGGCAGCUGCUUUCAAUGCCUCGGCCGUCAUUAUCUACAAUAACAACACCAAAGAAGACACAGUCACCAUGGCUCAUGAAGGCACCGGUGACAUAGUGGCGGUUAUGAUCACGGAAACCUUUGGAAAGGAAAUUCUGGGCUUCCUGGAGAAGAACCAGACUGUGCUAGUAUCAAUGAUUGUGGGGUCACGAGGGCCACCCAAGAACAUCAACCGUGGCUCCUUGGUGUUUGUCUCCAUCUCCUUCAUUGUGCUGAUGAUUAUCUCCUCUGCUUGGCUCAUCUUUUACUUCAUCCAGAAGAUCAGAGACACCAGCGCACGGGACCGUAGUCAGCGACGACUGGGAGAUGCUGCCAAGAAGGCCAUUAGCAAGCUGACUACCAGGACAGUAAAGCGAGGGGACAAGACUAGUUUCUAUAAUGGAGAAGAGGCAAUGCAGUGUGAAACAGGAGAUGUUAAACAGGAAACUGAGCCAGAUUUUAAUCAUUGUGCAGUGUGCAUUGAAGGUUACCAACUAAAUGAUGUGGUCCGCAUCCUACCUUGCAAGCAUGUCUUCCAUAAAAUAUGUGUGGACCCAUGGCUAAAUGAGCACUGCACCUGCCCUAUGUGUAAACUCAACAUCCUCAAAGCCCUGGGAGUUAUGCCCAACCUGCCCUGUGUGGACAACUUGGCUUUUGACAUGGAGCGGAUGUCCCGCAGUCAGACCGCCAGCCAGAGGACAGCACUGAUGGACCUGUCCUCAGAGACCAGCAUCAGUCUGGAGCCCCUACGCCACUCCAGUUCCUCCCAACUCCCCUCUAAUGAAGAGCUCAUCCCUCGCUCCGGAGAGAUCAACAUCGCUGUCACCACUUGCCUCCAGUUUCCUGCUCUCCUUGGCUUUCUGUGUCCAGAUGAUACCAUGGCCCUGCCUUCAACAAAAAUGACCCCUCCCCCUUUUACUCUGUUAACAGAAGAGUGGUUUAUUGUUGCCAGCUUCAGCGUCCUCUCUGCUCUCACACUUUGUUACAUGAUUAUCAGAGCCACCUCCAGCUCCAACAGAUAUGACAUGCAGUUGGAUAGAAGAUGCUUUCUGGAGUCCUGAUUUCCAAAAUAAAAUCACAUCUGUAUUUUAUUCACGUCCGACUUUGCUGAUUGCACUUCAAGUUUCUUUUAAACAUGAAUUGUCUGUGUUAGUAGAGCUAAUUUUCACUUUUGUAGAUAUGAACGGGUUCACAGCUUUUCACUUGGUGAGAUUGCCAAUGAGCCUUUUUAUUGUACUACUUAAUUGCUGUAUUUAAUCAGCUCAUUUUCAGUUAUAUGUAUUAGAUUGGGUGUUUUUUUACGUAAAUAUUAAAUGUCUUUUCGUUUUGUCUAAGUUGUCAUAUACAGCGUUUUUCCUUUCAUUGUAAUGUGAAUGAAAUUUUGAAAUAUAUUUGUGUGUGCUUUAAUUAAAGUGUUUUAUGCAAACCUGUGUUGUGCUGAAUUGUAAGUUUUCCUUCACAGUGCCAUAUUUCUGCUCUACAGUUUCUUUCUACAGUGCCUUAGGUCAUGUCGAGGGCACUCAAAAUAACACAUAUAUGAGGGCAGAUUGUGGUCACUUUUUGUGUGAUCCAAUAUUAAACGCAUGGUUUGGGAUUGAGCAACUAUAGGUGAAGUGCUGUGUUUGGUCAGAAUUUAUUUCCUGAAUUGUAUUAUAAGGUAACAUAUUAGGUCUCUGUCUUGUAAACCAUUUAAAUAAAAUUGAAAACUUCUAGCAAAUCCUGAAAGACAACAGUUCUGACAUAACAGUGUUGUUUGUAAAUCAGCAGAGGUUGCAUUGUUUUAUACUUUAUCCUUUGUACGUUCUUGGGGUCAUUUUUUUGUUUUGUUUUUGUUAAACUAUACUAAAAUGUAUUUAUUCUCUCUAAUAAUAUACAGUCAGACCAGCACACAUUUGUAGUCAGCACAACUAAAAUAUAUUUUUAAAUAAAAUAUGAAAUAUACAUGCCCUUAAAAUCACAACUUACAAUACAGUACAACCUCAAUUCCAAAAAUGUAUGUAAAAUGCCAAUAAGAACAAAUAGGAGUGCUUUGUCAUUUUUAUGUUCCAUGUAUUAUAUUGAAAGCACUACAAGAAAACAUUAUUUGAUGUUUUGACUUGUGAAUUUAUUUUAUUUAUUUAUUCUGAAAAUAUACACUCAUUUCAAAUCACAAGUUUGCAACACACUCCAAAAAAGUUUGGACAGUUGACUGUUUGACAAAAUGAAAUCUCCAUUUGUCUUUUGGGAACAUUGCUCUCAAGGCACUGGAUUGUUUGCUGUAACCCCCUGCUCUUGAAGGACUAGGCUUUUUUGGAGGCUCCUUACUAUAGCACUAUUACCUCACCUGUUUAUCAUCACCUGUUUCACAUCACCUUGUUAUUUUAACUCGUCAGAUUAUUAUUAGUCCUAAAUUGCCCAUCUAAAAAUUUUUGGGAUGUGUUGGCAUCAAUUUCAGAGAAUUCUUUUUUUUUUAAUUAUUAUUAUUAUUAUUAUUUUUUUUUUUUAAUAUUUUCAAAAAGCAAUGCUGUUGAUUAGGUAAAUCAUGAAGUACCUUGUCUGUAAACUGUUUGAAGUCAAAGUGCAUUUACAAAUCACUUUUAGUUUUUAUUGGCAUUUUGCAUACUGCUACAGCUUUUUUGGAAUGUGUGUGUGUGGGCGGGUUUGGGUGGUUUACGAGGACUUUUUUUUUUAGGUUACAAACUGGUAAUUACAAGGGUAUUAUGUUAUAAAUGUGGUUUAUGAGGACAUUUCUAGUGUCCCCAUAAUUCAAAUCGCUUAAAAAAAAAAAAACAUACUAAAUGUUUUUUUUUUUUUUUUUUAAAAUGUAAAAAUGCAGAAAGUUUUUUGUGAGGGUUAGGGGAUAGAAUCUAUAGUUUGAACAGUAUAAAAAUCAUGAUGUCUAUGAAGAGUCCUCGUAAGGAUAGCCGCACCAGUGUGUGUGUGUAUAUAUAUAUAUAUAUAUGCAGUAUAUAUACAGUGUUGUGAAAAAAGUACUUUCUGAUUUCUUUUGGAGUCCCAGAGCCUUUGAAAUAGCUUUGUAACCCUUCUCAGGCUGAUGUAUUUCAAUCACCUUUUUCCUCCUCAUUUCUGGAAUUUCUUUAGACCUUGGCACAGUGUGCUACUGGGUGAGACCUUUUAGCCAACUUCAUGCUGCUGAAAAAUAUAUAUUUAGGUGUUAAUCUGAUUAAUUUGAAUCAGGCCUGGGUGUGUCUAGUCCAGCUGAACCCCAUUAUGAAUGCAGUUUUAUCGAUUUGGGGAUUUAGUAACUAAGGGGGCAAAUACUUUUCACACAGGCCCAGUUGGUAUUAGAUAACUUUUUUGCUUCAAUAAAUAGCAUUAUCAUUUAAAAA